CAGCGGCGGGGCGGAGGGCGAGCGCCCGGCUCGGCUCCCUCUGCCUUCCCCGGAGAGUUUCCCCGGCGGGGGCGGCCGCUGCCCUGGGCGCUGCCGGCGCUUCCCCCGCUCGGGGCUGCCGCGUUCCGCCACGGGAGGGGAGCGACCGCGCGAAUCGGUUUCUCUCUGUAUCCGGCCCCGGGCAGAGGCGGCGGCCGUAGCGGGGAGGAGGGGGAAAGAGCGGCUGCGGCAGCGGGCUCCCCUCGCCGCCCAGGUGCCGCGGGAGCGAGGCUGCCCGAGGCGCGGCUGAAGCGGUUGCGUCCCCCCAACCCCGUCCCUCCAUCCUCGGAGCCGCGCGGUCUCAGCUGCCAAAUGUGCGGACGGGAGAGACUUUUGCUCAAAAUCCCCAGCUCGUAAAUACCCAGAAAGCGGAAGGAGAGGCACCGCCGAGCAGCUGCGGGAGGAGGGGAGGGGGGCGGCAGCGCGGUUCCUGCCGUAGCCGGCAGGCUGAUGGCGGAGUUGGGCAGCGGCGGCGGCACCGGGGGGAUCCCGCCGUCCCCGGGGCCGGGGCAGGGCAAGGUGGCCUUCAAGGCAGGAGACGGAGAAGGAGGAGGAGGAGGAGGCGGCGGCGGGAAAUCCCGCUUUGACAGCGCCGGCAGCCGCGUCUCCAACGGGGACUGUGCCCUGGCGGGUGCGGAGCUGGGGUCGGCUCCCAGCCCGGAGAGCGGCACCAGGGAGAAAGGCUGUUCCACCGGCCAGCAGCGAGAAGGCAAACCCGGCAUCCCCCGCAGGAGCAGCAUAAUUAAGGAUGGUACGAAACAAAAGCGAGAACGAAAAAAGACCGUGUCGUUUAGCAGUAUGCCAACUGAGAAGAAGAUCAGCAGUGCAAGUGACUGUAUAAAUGCGAUGGUUGAAGGCUCUGAGCUCAAAAAGAUUCGAUCCAACUCUAGGGUGUACCACCGAUAUUUUCUUCUCGAUGCAGAUAUGCAGUCUCUACGCUGGGAGCCUUCAAAAAAGGAUUCUGAAAAAGCAAAGAUUGAUAUUAAAUCAAUCAAAGAAGUAAGAACAGGAAAAAAUACAGAUAUUUUUCGCAGCAAUGGAAUAUAUGACCAGAUAUCAGAAGACUGUGCAUUUUCAAUUAUAUAUGGAGAGAACUAUGAGUCACUAGAUCUUGUUGCUAACUCAGCAGACAUUGCAAAUAUUUGGGUUACUGGCUUAAGAUACCUGAUUUCUUAUGGAAAACAUACUUUGGAUAUGAUAGAAAGUACUCAAGAUAAUAUGCGGACUUCAUGGCUUUCACAAAUGUUCAGUGAAUCAGAUGUAGAUAAUUUGGGACAUAUACCCUUGUGUGAUGCUGUACAGUUUAUAAAAGACUUGAAUCCUGGUUUAAAGACUAAUAAAAUUGAACUAAAAUUCAAGGAGUUACAUAGAUCUAAGGAAAAAACUGGUACUGAAGUAACAAAAGAAGAGUUUAUUGAAGUUUUUCAUGAGCUUUGUACCAGACCUGAAAUCUAUUUCCUGUUGGUUCAGUUUUCAAGCAAUAAAGAAUUUCUAGAUACCAAGGACCUCAUGAUGUUUUUGGAAGCCGAACAGGGCAUGGCACAUGUCACAGAAGAAAUAAGCCUUGAAAUAAUUCAGAAAUACGAGCCAGCCAAAGAGGGCCAGGAAAAAGGUUGUCUUUCUAUAGAUGGAUUUACAAAUUACCUUACUUCACCAGACUGCCACAUAUUUGAUCCAGAACAUAAAAAAGUUUGUCAAGAUAUGAAACAACCUUUAUCUCAUUAUUUUAUAAAUUCAUCUCAUAACACGUACUUGAUAGAGGAUCAGUUUCGAGGACCUUCUGACAUCACAGGUUACAUUCGUGCUCUUAAAAUGGGUUGUCGAAGUGUUGAAUUGGAUGUGUGGGAUGGCCCGGAUAAUGAGCCUGUGAUUUACACAGGGCACACAAUGACAUCGCAGAUUGUCUUCCGUAGUGUGAUUGACAUUAUUAACAAGUAUGCAUUUUUUGCUUCAGAAUACCCUCUUAUUUUGUGUUUAGAAAAUCAUUGUUCUAUUAAGCAGCAGAAAGUGAUGGUACAGCACAUGAAGAAAAUUUUGGGGGACAAGCUACAUACACAGUCUCCAAACAUUGAAGAGUCUUAUCUUCCAUCACCAGAAUCACUUAAAGGGAAAAUACUAAUUAAAGCAAAGAAGCUUUCCUCUAAUUGUUCUGGACUAGAGGGAGAUGUUACAGAUGAAGAUGAAGGAGCAGAGAUGUCACAGAGAGUAGGGAAAGAGGGAGUAGAUCAGCAAAACUCGAUGACAGGGAAACGAUUUCAGCUCUGCAAAGAACUCUCCGAGCUGGUAAGCAUAUGUAAGUCAGUUCAGUUCAAAGAGUUUCAAGUUUCAUUUCAGCUCCAGAAGUAUUGGGAAGUGUGCUCAUUUAAUGAAGUGCUUGCUAGCAAAUAUGCCAAUGAAAACCCAGGGGACUUUGUAAAUUAUAACAAACGUUUUCUUGCCAGAGUUUUUCCCAGUCCUAUGAGGAUUGACUCUAGUAAUAUGAAUCCCCAGGACUUUUGGAAGUGUGGUUGUCAGAUAGUAGCAAUGAACUUUCAGACGCCUGGCUUAAUGAUGGAUCUUAACAUAGGUUGGUUUCGACAAAAUGGAAACUGUGGCUAUGUCCUUCGUCCUGCUAUCAUGAGAGAAGAAGUAUCCUUCUUUAGCGCAAAUACGAAAGACACCGUGCCUGGAGUUUCACCUCAGCUGCUUCAUAUUAAAAUCAUUAGUGGGCAAAAUUUUCCUAAACCCAAAGGAUCGGGUGCCAAAGGUGAUGUUGUGGAUCCUUAUGUCUAUGUUGAAAUACACGGAAUCCCUGCUGACUGUGCAGAGCAAAGGACGAAAACUAUGUAUCAGAAUGGGGAUAAUCCAAUUUUUGAUGAAAGUUUUGAAUUUCAAAUAAAUUUACCAGAACUAGCUAUGGUGCGUUUUGUAGUACUAGAUGAUGAUUACAUUGGGGAUGAGUUUAUCGGGCAAUACACUAUUCCCUUUGAGUGUCUACAGACUGGUUAUCGGCAUGUUCCUCUGCAGUCUUUAACUGGCGAAAUUUUAGCACAUGCUUCCUUGUUUGUGCAUGUGGCCAUUACUAAUCGAAGGGGUGGUGGGAAACCUCAUAAGCGGGGCCUGUCUGUGAGGAAGGGCAAGAAAUCAAGGGAAUAUGCUUCUAUGAGAACAUUAUGGAUUAAAACAAUAGAUGAAGUAUUCAAGAAUGCUCUCCAACCUAUUCGAGAUGCUACGGAUUUAAGAGAAAAUAUGCAGAAUGCAGUAGUUUCAUUCAAAGAAUUAUGUGGCCUCUCUCCUGUAGCAAAUCUUAUGCAGUGCAUUUUGGCAGUGUCUACGCGCUUGGUUGGGCCUGAUAAUACACCCUUGGUAGUACUGAAUCUCAAUGAUCAGUAUCCCUCUAUGGAGCUCCAAGGGAUUGUUCCAGAGGUCUUGAAGAAGAUUGUAACAGCGUAUGACAUGAUGAUUCAGACCAUCAGGACUCUAGUUGAAAAUACAGAUAGCUUAUACGAGAAGAUAGUACAGUGUCAGAAAGCAGCAAUGGAGUUUCAUGAAAACCUGCACAAUAUAGGAGCACGAGAAGGCUUAAAAGAGAGAAAACUGCAAAAAUCAGUAGAAAGUUUUACGUGGAACAUUACAAUUUUAAAGGGACAAGCUGAUCUUCUCAAAUAUGCUAAAAAUGAAGCACUGGAGAAUCUGAAACAAAUCCAUUAUGCCACUCUUUCAUGUGGACUCAAUAAGCCAGGCACUGAAAAUGCAGAAAUCUCAAAACCCCGUCGAAGUCUGGAGGUCAUACCUGAAAAAGCAGGUGAUGAAAAUGGAGAAUGAGAGAAUGCUCCUCUCGUAAUUAUAGAGUUUAUAACUCUGUGACCAAUUGUAGCUGCAUAGGACAUUUGCUUUGCACUUACUGUUGGAAGAUAUUUGGAAUUUUUAAAGCACAACUGGAGAAGCUGAUUACAGUCUGUUGAAACUGUGAAUGUAUGUAGCAACUCUGCUUGUGAAGGCAAUGAUAUUGUGUAACAUGGAAAUUGCAUUACUGGCCAAAAUACAGUAUAUAUGUAAAAGAUAGUGUGAUUAUAGCGUGCUGAGAGGUUCAUUGCAGUGCCAUAGGAAAAUGAACAUUUUUUAGAUGAGCUGCAAGUAGAGGGAAAUCAGUUGAUAGAAUUUGACAAGAUGCCUUGAUUUUCAAAUGAAUUAGAUGCACAGGUCCUCUGUUUCUUUGCACAAUUUGUUAAUUGUGCUAGUGAGGUGAAUUAUUCUUAACGAAAAUCAGGUCUAAACAAGUAGAAUCCACAUUUCACACUAUGUGUAAUUCAGCCACUCAGAUAUUUGGGUUUGAAGUGGUAUUGGUUUUAUUGUUGAGCCAUAAAUUAAAAUGAGAAUGUAAUUAGACAGUGUUCACUGACUUCAGUGCACUGUAGGAGAGCCAUUAUGUAAAAGGAAAAUGUGCAAUCAGUCUGAUAGCCUAUGUCAGAAGAUACAUACCUUUUUUGCCUAAGGUCUUCUGCAAAUGUGUGUAGAUAAUGUGACCAAACUGCAAGCAAACUGUUGUAAAUAGUUUUUCAUUUUGUGAAGUGAAGUGCUCAUAUUAAAAAGAGUUUUAUGAGAUUGCUCCCAGACAAAUAAAGCUUUUAACUAAAUUUUAACUUUUUUAUUUUUCAAGUAUUUUCUUCCUUACAGAAUAGGUGAUAUCUCAAUAAGCAGGUUUGUCAAAAAAAAAAAAAAAAAGCUGUUCUGGUUCUGUUUUGGUUUUCUGACAUUAUGUAAAGGUAUUGUACCUGAUAUGCUCAUUGUAAAAUUACUUAGAGUGUUCUCUUACUGUUUCUGAUUUAACAAUAAAAUGGACUGUAUGAUUGCAGAAGCUAAUAAAUUUGAAGGAAAAAAAAGAAAGCAAAAUCCUGUGGAAAUCAAAAUACAAGUUUUAUUUUGUUGGCGGGGAGAAAAGGCGAGACGGUGAUAUCUGUUGAAAAGCAUUGUUUUAAUUAGAAGUCUUGCAAGACAUGCAUUUCUUCUCCAAGUAAACAGUUGUAGGAAGAGAGGGAAUGGCCUCAAGGUGCACCAGGGGACGUUCAGACUAGAUAUUAGGAAAAAUUUAUUCACCGAAAGGGUUAUCAGGCCCUGGAACAGGGUGCCCAGGGAGGUGGUUGAGUCACCAUCCCUGGUGUUGUUUAAAAGGUGAGUAGAUGAGGUGCUCAGAGAUAGGAUUUAGUAGUGAUCAGGUACAGUUGGACUUGAUGAUCUCAAAGGUCUUUUCGAGCCAAGCGAUUCUAUGAUUAUAUGAUACACUGAUUUUUAUUUUCUUAACCAAUAAAAGAUGCUGUCCUCCCUUCAGAAUGUGAUGAACAUUUACACAUCUAUAACAUCCUGUAAAAGUCAAUGAAACUCUGGCCAAGAACAUUGGUGUACUUGCACUUCAUCGUAAUUAUUAGGGACUUAUAUUUAUUUUCUAGUCGUAAUAAAAGGGGGAGAGGUGAAAACAAUUUGCAUAGUAAAUGUUAGAUCUUGAGACUGCACUUUUAAAUGUCAAACUGCAUGGAUUAGGAGCAGUUUUAGAAGGUGAUAAGUUCUUUCAGAUGCUAGCGACAGAUUGUGUGCCUCAGUAUUAUGAUUUUGCCAGGAGUGAGUUCUGUUCUGUGUUGUACAAAAUUAAACAUUUAACCUGUGAUAAACACCUGCAAGUGUUGCUUUUUAGACGGUCCUUCUCUAUGUUGUCAGCUGGUAGUCUUCCAAUUGCACCUGAAGUUGAUGGGAAGCGACGUGAAAUUCACUGUUGGUAACUCUAUUUCAAGCCAGUAAGAAAUUCAUCUUCCAGGGCUAAAUCUAUUGGAUCUAAAUCUGGGGCCUUUGAGCAGCCUGGUCUAGUGGGAGGUGUCCCUGCCCAUGGCAGGGGGGUGGGAAUUAGAUGAUCUUUGAGGUCACUUCCAACCCAAAUCAUUCUGUGAUUCUACGAUUCUAAAUCUAAUUUGUCUACAGCAGAAAAAGAUCUUGUUACAUCAAGAUUCAGCUGGGCCAUAAAUAUGCAUAGUCAGUUUCACUUUUUCAGAAAGCCCAAAACCUAGGCUGCUGGAAUUUCACCUACCGACUUUUAGUCCUAAUUGAAAAGUAUAGACUGGGGAGAAAUGUUGGUACAGUUAGUGUUGUUCUUCAAAGAGACCUAAAAGCCAGAAAAGCUCUGUUUUUAGUCCUGGCCCACCACUGUUUGCAUGGCAUUUACAGAAAGACAUAGUUUAUAUCACAAAUUAUGCAUUUUUGUAGAGUCUCUACAACUGGGCUAUCAGAAUUGAUGGCUUGAAUAUUCUUAGCGUUUCUAUAUUACUGUUUGGCAUAUUACAACCUUGAGAGAGGUGAGGGGACACUGAA